ACUCUUCUCAAGCCAACUCAGACUAACUAUACAAAUAAAUGGACUUGCUUGCAGCAAACUAAAUAAAAACUACUUCAGAGUUUGCCUAGACUUGAAAGAUACAAGUGUCUCACUGGAGGAGAAGAAAAAAGAAAAAUUGAUAAAAGUAAAAUAAAAUGCGUUAAUACUAUGCGCACCACCGCUGCCGCCGCUCUGAGAUCAAGCCUGGCUUUUUAGACCAAGUUAGUGUUAAAAUUGUUGUUGCUUUGGUAAUUUUCUGAAUGAAGUUGGCUCUCAUCUCAAUCGAUGUCUUAUACCGAAAGAUGAUAAUCCUAUAAAGGUCUAGGCAAUAAGCUCAAACCUCUCAUUUCGUUGUGAAUUUUAAAACGUGCGAUUAGCUCGUGGUCUUGACGCGUGUGUUGACAAAAAGAUUUAUUAUUGUCUAUAUGUUCCCUUAUUUUAUUUCUUGGUUAAAUUGUGUGUGCUUUAUUUUGUCAAUGCAAAAUAAAUAAAAUAAUAGAUUUUUUGAAAAGAAGUAAAUUUUGUUAAUAUUAUAAGCUUGAAAGUUCAAAACAGUGUAAAAAGUAAAAAAUUUACAAAAAAAUUAAAAAAAGUAAUAAUAUAAUAAAAAUAUUAUAUUAAUCCAAAAAAUAAAGUGCAAGUUCUUUUGUUUUAUCAAAAAGAAACAAGAGUGUUUCCAAGUUUGAAAACAUAUCAAGGAAAAUAAAGAUAUAUUGAAACGAUAAGCGGAAAUCGGGAACUAAGGAAUUUAAAUAGCUACAAAGUUUAAAAACAGCAACACUCCUUAAAAUAGUGAGUUAUCAUUGAAUCGAUGUGGAUGUCAUUUGGUUUUGAUGCCGCAAGUUUGAGGAAAAAAGUGAAUUUACACGUAAUUGUAAAUAAAUAAAUAAAUAAAAGAAACAUAUCUACACAACAUCGCAUCUGGAGAAGAUAAACGUUUAAAGGGAUAUCGAAUUCUGAAUAAAGAUCACCAUGAAGCUAUUUGGUUCUAACAAACGAAAUAAUUUAAGAAUACUAAAAUGCGCAGCACUUGGAUUGGGCCUGUUGACAACAUCUAUAUUAGUUAUCGUCUUUAAUCCAGUUCAAAUGGUCGCCGAUAACAAACUAACAAUGUCCGAAGGGACGUUUUUGUAUAAGUUAUGGCAAAAGCCCCCGUUGGAUGUGUUCAUUAAGGUGUUUAUGUUUAAUGUGACCAACUAUGACCGUUUCGUGCGGGGGCUGGAUAAGAAGUUAAAACUGGAAGAGGUCGGGCCAUAUGUGUACCAAGAGUACCUGGAGCAUCACAAUGCCACAUUCAAUGCAAAUAACACACUCUCGUACAAUCCUCUGCGAAGAGUAAAAUUUAUUCGGGAGCAGUCAAUCGGGGAUCCUAAGACCGACAUGAUAGUCUCGCCGAACAUCCCUUACAUGGGGAUAACUGCGGCAGCAUCGAGUAUUUCGAUGUUCAUGGCAUUUGCUGUGCGGACACUGGUGCGGCAAUUCGAUGCAAAAGUCAUGCUUAAGGUCAGUGUCGAUGAGUAUUUGUGGGGCUAUGAGGAUCCACUGGUGAAAAUUGCCUCCAAGCUGGUGCCGAGUGUGAUAAAUUUUCAAAAGUUCGGGCUCCUGGACCGGAUGUUUGAUGAGGGAACCAAUUUGGUGACUAUUAAUCUACCCCGUAAACCAGGUAGCAAGAUAGAACCAACGACCACAGAGACAGAGAAGGACGAUGCCGCAGACAGAAAUUCCGAGUUCGAUAACUUUAAGCCAUUGUCGAGGGACUUCUCCAUCGACAACUGGAAUGGAUUGAGAGGUUUGUCACAAUGGGGAUAUCAUGAGGGGUCGUCGAAUACCGCGUGCAAUACAUUAAAGGGAUCAUUUGAUGGAACUUUGUUCCCAAAAACCAUGACGCAAGGAGAUACGUUCCGGGUUUAUCGAAAGGCUUUUUGUCGGACGUUGCCUGUAAUUUAUUCACAUCCUGGUUCUCUUGAUGGUGUUGAUGCGUAUUUCUUUAAAUUGGCUGAAUAUGCUUUUGAUACGAAUAUUUCAGAUCCAGAAACAGCUUGUUUUUGUAAAGAUAGGAUGUGUUUGAAGAGAGGAUUAGGAAGAAUAACACCCUGUUAUUACAAUAUUCCAAGUGCGAUUUCUUUUCCACACUUUUUUAAUGCUGAUCCUAGUUUAAUUGGAAACAUAGAUGGUCUUAACCCAGACGUCAAGAAACAUGGUUCUGAAAUUGUUAUUCAACCGCAACUUGGAGUUCCAAUGAGAGCGUUUACACGAUUUCAAGUAAAUUUACUGAUGGGUGACAUAAGUUUUAACUCAGAGAUGAGUGCUUUCAAAAAUAUGGUGCUGCCAAUAUUUUGGUUGGAAAUUGGUGUGGAGAAACUAACGCCUGAACUGAUAUUAUUGCUGCAGUUACUGUUCAACGUCUUCCCUUACGUGCAAAUGGGGCUUGCCAUUCUGAUGGGAGCAGCUGGGGUAGCCACAAUCGGAUUUGCCUCCCUCUUGCUCCUCUGUGUGCAGAAACCAAUCAAGCCAUUACGGGAUAUCGACCAGAAGUUCGAACUCCGCCGAUACUCGGGGGCGUAUCUAUUUCCAAUAAUUAAGAAGGAAAUCAGCAAAUUUGCUGACGAAGACGAUGCUGAGCAGCUGCAAAGUCUUACCGAAAUGCCCGCCGAGGAGAAUUGAUUGAGAUGAAAAGCAAAACAAAUACGAAAAAUAAAAUGAAAUGAAAUGAAAGUGACUUCGGAUUCGAAUCGAAUUUGGAUUCGUAUUCGUAUUCUGAAUCAGAUUUUAGCCAGAGAAACAAGAAGACUGCACACACAAUUUUCCUACCAACGCACGACGGAAUACAUACAUUUAUGCGAUAAGGACCAAGCGAAGCGAUACAUAAGCAAAAUUAUUAAGGACUAAGGAAAUUAAGGACAAAGCAACAUGCUGUGAUAUAUUUUCUACUUUAAGUGAACUCAAUUUAUUUAAGGGAAUGGAGUGAGUUAGACUUUUCGUGGUUGAGUGGGUUUUUCUGUUUUAAUUUUAACGUUUAAUAAAUUUAUAUAUUUGUACUUUUUGUUUUAUAAUAAUAUGUUAUAAUAAAUAAGAUAAAUAAAAUAAAAUAAAAGAAAAAAGAUAAAUAUAACAAAUAACAAUAAAUAAAUUAAAUAAAUAUAAA